UGCUCGGUUAAACCGUGUGAGGAAACCCGACGCUGCUGCUGCUUCCAGAUCAUCACACCUACAAAGUGAGUCCAGCUGAACAGGGACCAUGACCAGAAUUGUAUUUAUGACACGUUGCGGCCACAUGAAAUACAGGAGUGUUACACUGCAGGCUGAUUCAGAGGAGACGAGACAGGGUUGGAUCAGCGCUAUACAGAGCAGCAUCAUCACGGCCUUUAACAGCACAUCAGGUCAGGAGGUGAAGUCAGUGCUGACCACUGGGCCUUCACAGAAAGAUGAAAGUCCAGUACAGAAGAUCAGGGCUAUCGAGGGGAACGACACGUGCUGCGAGUGCGGCCGGCCCGAGCCGGAAUGGGCCAGCGUUAAUCUGGGGAUCACACUGUGUAUCCGGUGUUCCGGCAUCCACAGGAGUUUAGGAGUAAACAUCUCCAGGGUGAGGUCUCUAAUUCUGGACAGGUGGACACCUGAGACCAUUCAGCUGAUGUGCGAGCGAGGAAACAACAUGAUGAAUCUGAUCUAUGAAGCUCGCAGGGAGGAACUCGGGAUCAGAAAAGCUCAGCCUGGAGACUCAAGGGACGAUGUGGAAUCUUACAUCAGAGCCAAAUACAUCCAGCAGCGCUUCAUCAGGAAGAAACCUGAUCAAGAACCUCAGCUGUUGUCCAAAGAACCACAAGAACCACGACUGCUGGCUGUAGAACCACGACUGCUGGCUGUAGAACCACGACUGCUGGCUGAGGAACUUCAGAAGAUGGCUAAGAUGCUGGAAAAAGAAUUACAGCUGAUGGCCGAAAUAUUGCAGCUGCUGAACAUCAAAUGCCAUUAAAUCCCUAACACACACACACACACACACACACACACACACAUAAAUCCAAAACUUAUAUUUUAUAUUUGGCUAAAAUUUCACCUCUUCCCAGUAAAACAAGAGCAAACUAACUUAACAUCAUCACACAUAGAUAAUAACAGCAUCACCUAGACCCUCCUUAUACACUCACUCAUACAAUAUUAACGGCUGUAAGUUUAUUAUUGAUGGGAUGUUGGAAUGAAAUCAGGGUUCUGAUGGCUGAGGUGCAGGACAGAACACAGAUGAUCAUGCUAUAAGAACCGUGUUCAUCUGUGCUAGUUUAAUGUGUUACUGGGCUGGUUGUAACAAUAUCAGUAAAGAAAGCAGUAAAACACAAUAGCAAAUGUGCAGGACUACAAGCCUGUAGGACUAUUGAGGGAGAGUCACACUACACCACAAUCCUUCACCAGCACCCAUAUAUGAACCUGCUGAGGUGCUUUGCUAGCUGCAUGAGACUGCUGGGAAUAUUAACCUGUCAGACCAUCGGACCAGAACCACAGGAAGCUCCAGCACAUCGUACACUGUGUUGUAAAUGACAGUAGAUGAGAGGAGACUAGCAGACCAGCACCAGCGCAUCAUGUGUCACACAGCUGUACAUCAACUUCUGGUGCUAAAAUAUCCUCACCAGUGCAGUCCAACAACCACAGAAGAUCCCUGUCCAUGAUAUUCAAGAUCAACCUGAAGAGACUCCACAGAUCUUCACAUCAACUGUAGUCUGUUUAAUUAGAGUAAAAAUAAAGUAUAAUUAUAGAAAUAUCA